AGGUGGAUGCAGAUACUGUGAGGGCUCACGUCAGCAGAGAUGUUGGCAGGUGUAUUAUUUCUUUGCAUCAUCCUCACAGCUUCACCAGGUAUUCAGAGCAGGUGGAGUGUUUCGUUUUCGAGGAGGGUGAUCUGUGUGUGGGCAGGAACUGCGGUCACUCUGCCCUGCCGUUAUGACCUCCCAGCAGGUCACACUCUGAUGAGGGUCAUGUGGUUUCGGGUGUCGGUUGAGGGUCGCAGGGAGUUUGCUCACCACACUGAACCCAGCCAGAUCAGCCUGUCCUACCGCGGACGCACACGGUACAUUGGGGGCAGCCAUAGCUGUUCGGUCCAGAUUCGGGAUGUGAAGCUGAGUGAUGCCGGCCAGUAUCACUUCAGGUUUGAGACAGACCAACCUCUGGGGACGUGGUCCUCCCCUGACACCAUCACUCUGGAUGUGACAGACCUACAGGUCCAGGUACACCCAGCCAGGCCUGCUAACAUGUUUGGAUUUGGAGAAACAGUAUUUGUAGGAUGCCAGGCCCGAGGAUGUGCCGCCCCAGGGACAAGCUUGGCACUCUAUAGGAAUGGUCUUAACCUUGGCUCGUAUGAGAAAUGGAUGAUCAUUAACCGCUUUGACCAGCAGCAGACAGGGGGAUACACCUGCAGACCCAUCCCGACCCUGAACGUCCAGUCACCUUCUGUCUCUCUGAUGAUGGGACAUAGUCCCCACUCCACUUCCAUUGCAGUAUCUCCUGGGGGGGAGCUGUCAGAGGGGGGCUCAGUCACUCUGACCUGCAGCAGCGAUGCAGCCCCACCCGUUGAGAGCUUUGCCUGGUUUAAAGACAUGGAGAGCGGCAGCUUACUUGACAGCUUCAGUCCUCGGCUCCACCUCUCCGACCUGAAAUACAGCGACAGAGGAGAAUAUUACUGUGUCGCCCGCAACUCACUGGGAACAGAUCGCUCCGAAUCACUUUUUCUCAAUGUCUCCUACUCACCAAAGAACACACAUGUGUGGAUAAGUCCUCAGAGAGACAUCAGAGAGGGCUCCUAUGUAUAUCUGAGCUGUAUCAGCCAUGCCCAGCCUCCUCCCAGCAGGUAUGUUUGGUAUCGAAUCGUAGGCAACCAGGCAGUGGAGAAAGGUAACUACCAGAACCUGACCUUCCCAUCUGUGGGCGCUCAUCACGCGGGUCAGUACUACUGCAGCGCAUCAAACCGGCUGGGAUCCCAAACCUCUCUUGUUUCUUCACUAAACGUCUUCUAUCCCCCGAAGAACACCUCAAUUCUGGCUCGACCUUCCAGCGUGGUGGACGCUGGCCGACCCCUGACCCUGACCUGUGCCAGCCAGGCCUGCCCAGCGGUGGACAACUUCACCUGGUACAGACUGCCUGUGGACGGGGGCGAUGCAAAAUCACGGGUCAUUGAGUCUGGUCCUGUCUUCACCUUCUCUGAGGUCGGUCCUGGUGAGAGCGGUCAGUAUUACUGUGAGGUCAGGAAUCGGAUCGGAGCCAACAGGUCUCUGGUGCUGACUGUCAGAGUCAGAGGUCCAUUAGGCAAAGUGAUUGCCUUGGCUUCAGCAGUGGGUGUGUCUGUAGGUCUCAUCAUGCUGACGGUGGCUGUCAUCAUUAGUAAGAACAUGCACACAAUAGACGCGGAGCCUGUAGAGGAUGUAAACAAGCAUCCACCACUGACACUAGACACCGUGUGCUGUGAGCCAGCCGAACAGACCCUCCCAGUCAGAAAGGGCAAGAUGUCCGCCAUCCUGGAGGAGGAUUUAAGUGAUGCUUCACAUCCCUCCAUCAUUUCUCUGAUGGAUGCUCCACCAAUCAGAGAGGUGUCAGGAUGCAGCUCCACCUCCAGCUUCAUCUCUGUGCACUACUCCAGGAUGUCCAGUCCGGAUCAGGUUCAGAUGUACAACAUGAAUUUGAGAGUAGAGAGGAAACCAAGAGAUUCUUCCAAAGUUGUUUACACUUUACUGUCCCGACCACAGCACUGAGCAUGAAGAGGCGCCUCUUCUGAAUGACAGAGGAACGGGUCUAACGUCUGUGAACCAGACAUUUGCUGUCAUCACCCAGUGGCACAUAUUACUUCCUGCAUCUGUCUCCCUCCAGUGAACUUUGACACCAUUCCAGUUCAGACAGAGAGCUCCAAACUAGAUGACCUCCAUGUGAACGCAGCUCCUAAGCUGUGCUGGGUGCCUUCUCUUUUUUUGUUAUGCUCUUACCUCCUG